AUGAAUGAAAACAAACCAACACUGACUGCAGAAACGCUUCCAAUCCGUGGAUUAAUUGUGCGUUUAAAAGCAAGUGAUAAGGACCUUGGUGAAAACGCGAACAUUACAUAUCACUUUACAGCCCGUCAACCAGAAACGCUGUUGAAACCAUUCACCUUAUAUAAACAUUCUGGAGAACUGAGGCUAGCUUCUUCCUUGGAAUCCUCUGCUGGAAAAAGCUUCGAGUUAUUGACAGAAGCAAGAGAUAAUGGAAACCCUUCGUUAACGGAACAAGUUCGAGUCCAUAUCCACGUUUUAGAUACACAUAACAAUCCACCAGAAAUCCAUGUUAAUACUUUUUCCACUAGUGGAUCUGCAGAAGUUUCAGAAUCAUCGACUGUGGGAAGAGCCGUUGCCCAUAUCGGCGUCCACGACCCAGACUCCGGUGCUAACGGAGUUGUUAACUGUUCCAUAGCCCACGACUAUAUUACCAUUAGCCAGUUGGACGUCAAUGAAUAUAAAGGUAUUUUGUCCAAACCUUUAGACAGAGAAAAAAUAUCUCAACACAGCGUGAUUGUUGUUUGUUACGAUUCUGGUUCUCCACGGCUAACAACUUCUGUUAGCUUCCAAGUGAAAGUCCUGGACGAGAACGACAACCCUCCUGUGUUUUUACAGUCUGUAUAUUACGCUAGUUUUACUGAAAAUAAUUUCAUUCCACAGUAUGUCACCACUGUAUCCGCCGUGGAUUAUGACGCAGGGUCCAAUGCCGAGAUUGCAUACAAGUUGAUCGGCGAUAAUAAAGACGAUUUUAAAAUAUUGUCCAACGGAACAUUAUCUGCCAUUAGGCAAUUUGAUAGAGAGGCUUCGCCAUUGGUGAUCGUCAAAAUAGAAGCUUCAGACAGUGGACAGAAAAGACUAACAUCAACUGUCAAUGUGGAAAUUACUUUAGAGGACUUAAAUGAUAAGCGACCCGAGUUCAAACAUUCAGUCUUUUAUUUUAACGUUUCUGAAAAUAUGUUGACUCGUAAUGAUGUUGGACAGAUUGAAGCUUUUGAUCGAGAUGAGAAUGAGAAUGCUGCUCUCGUUUUCUCCAUGGGAAACCCUGCUAAUGGCGCUACUCCCUUUACUAUCACCCCAGCAGGCAUGGUUCAAACAACAAAGACGCUGGACCGUGAAAGUACCAACCGUUAUGUUAUUAGUGUGGUCGCUACUGAUAUGGGCGAACCACCCCUUAGCAGUAGCGUUCAGGUUGUGGUCACCGUGAACGACAUGAAUGACCAGAGUCCAGUAAUCCUAUAUCCAAAUGAUGAAAACAACACACACCAUUUAUGUGCAUUUUGA